AUGUUUCCCAGCCCCAGCACGUCCACUCCUUUCUCUGUCAAGGAUAUAUUAAACCUGGAGCAGAACCAAGACGUUAUGGUGUCUUCUCACGAGGUUUCUUCUCGCAUGGACUGCUGCGCGGUGCCGACAUCCUCCUCCUCCUCCUCCUCCUGCAUGCUGGCCCGUCUGAAGCAGGAGCCUCUCCGGGAAAUGUCCUCCUCCACCGUCACAUCUAUGUUUGGGGAGGAAAUCCACGACUCCAAAGCCAGCAGAGCCCAUGCGCUCAGCUUUACCUCUGCGUUUUACGGGAAAGUCGUCAUGGAUAUGGAGAUGGACAAGAAAUCAAACGAGUUUGAGGAUGAACGAGGAAAAGAUGAUUUCGGUGUCCGUGUCGAACUUUUGGAGGACUCCAAGCCUGAGGAUCCGGACAGACCCAAGCCCCGGAGGCGCAGGAAGCCGCGGGUCCUCUUCUCCCAGGCGCAGGUGUAUGAGCUGGAGCGCCGCUUCAAGCAGCAGCGGUACCUUUCCGCGCCGGAGAGGGACCACCUGGCCAGCGUGCUGAAACUCACCCCGACCCAGGUGAAGAUCUGGUUCCAGAACCGGCGCUACAAGUGCAAGCGGCAGAGGCAGGACCAGAGCCUGGAGAUGGUGUCUCUGCCGCCGCCGAGGAGGGUGUCGGUGCCGGUGCUGGUGCGGGAUGGAAAGCCCUGCCUGGCCGCGGACUCGACCGCCUACAACCCCUCCUAUGGCAUGGCUCCCAUCAGCCACUUCACCUACAACAACUACCCCGCUUUCAGCAACUACAGCAGCCCAACCUGCAACACGAACUAUGCGUGCAGUUACCCCGCAGCCGCAGCCGCUGCGCAGACGAUGCAGCCCUCCAGCAGCAGCGGGAACUACAUGAACUUUGGGGACUUGAACACCGUCCAGAACCCGUUUCCCUCCAGUAACGGCUCUCUUCACGGCAUUAGGACGUGGUGA